AUGGCUGCCCCCACCACCAGCAUCCGCCAGUUCUCCGCCUCCGGCUCCGUCAAGGGCCUGUGUGUGCCCUGUGGGGGCUUCUCUCGGAUGUCCUCCAUUCGUGUUGGGGGCGCCUGCCGGGCCCCCAGCCUCCUGGGAGGCGGCAGCUGUGGCAACAUGUCGGUCGCCUCGUCCCGCUUCUCGGCGGGGGCUACACCUGGACUGGGUGAGGGCUUCGGCUCCAGUUUCGGCGUGGGCUUCGGCUCCGGCUUUGGCGCCUCGGACGCCCUGCUGGGGGGCAGCGAGAAGGAGACCAUGCAGAACCUCAACGACCGCCUGGCCUCCUACCUGGGCAAGGUGUGCGCCCUGGAGGAGGCCAACGCCGACCUGGAGGUGAAGAUACAUGACUGGUACCAGAAGCAGGGGCCCGGGCCCGCCCGCGACCACAGCCACUUCUUCAAGACCAUCGAGGAGCUGCGGGACAAGAUCCUGGCGGCUACCAUCGACAACGCCAGCUUGGUGCUGCAGAUUGACAAUGCCCGCCUGGCAGCCGAUGACUUCCGCACCAAGUACGAGACGGAGCUGACCCUGCGCAUGAGCGUGGAGGCCGACACCAACGGCCUGCGCCGGGUGCUGGACGAGCUGACCCUGGCCAGAGCCGACCUGGAGAUGCAGAUGGAGACCCUGCAGGAGGAGCUGGCCUACCUGAAGAAGAACCAUGAGGAGGAAAUGAAUGCCCUGCGGGGUCAGACUGGCGGGGACGUCAUUGUGGAGAUGGAUGCCGCCCCCGGUGUGGACCUGAGCCGCAUCCUGAACGAGAUGCGUGACCCGUACGAGAAGAUGGCGGAGAAGAACCGCAAGGACGCAGAGGACUGGUUCUUCAGCAAGACGGAGGAGCUGAACCGGGAGGUGGCCACCAACACCGAGGCCCUGCAGAGCAGCCAGACGGAGAUCACGGAGCUCCGCCGCUCUGUGCAGAAUCUGGAGAUUGAACUGCAGUCCCAGCUCAGCAUGAAAGCCUCGCUGGAGGGCAGCCUGGCGGAGACCGAGGCCCGCUACGGGGCCCAGCUGGCCCAGUUGCAGGGGCUCAUCGGCAGCAUCGAGCAGCAGCUGUGUGAGCUGCGCUGUGACAUGGAGCGCCAGAACCAGGAGUACCAGGUGCUGCUGGACGUGAAGAUGCGGCUGGAGCAGGAGAUCGCCAUCUACUGCUGCCUGCUGGAGGGCGAGGACGCCCACCUGGCCACCCAGUACUCCUCUUCCCUGAUCUCACAGCCCACCCGGGAAGCCACAGUGACCACCCGCCAGGUGCGCACCAUAAUGGAAGAAGUCCAGGACGGCAAGGUGUUCUCCUCCCGAGAGCAGGUCCACCGCUCCACCCACUAA